AUGGUGGCCAUCAAGGAGGGCGACCUGGAGAAACGCAGCGAUAGCUUUCUUCAGCUAUGGAAGAAGAGAAGAUGCGUGUUGACCGCCGACGGCCUACAUUUCUAUACAGACCCUCGGAAAAGAGGCAAGUCCAAAGUGUUGCGCUUUGACUCGCUGGCGAAGCUCGAAUGCGUGGAGCGAAAAGGAGACCGCGUCUACUUUACCCUCGUGACGAUGGACGGCCAGGAGAUAGACUUCCGUUGCAGAGAACGCAGCCGGUGGAAUGCGGAGAUCACUCUGGCGCUGGUGGGUUUCCAGAACAAAAGAGCGGUGCAAGAACUUAGGGCAAGAAAGGAGAACCAGUCCCGUGAGCCGGGGAACCGUUUAAGAAGCUGGGGUCCGUGA